AUGGCCUCGAAAGGCAUUGCAAAUUUGACCCUUAUUUUCAGGAUUCUUGCUCUUUUGCUUUCGGUUGGCUGUAUUGUGGUGCUUGUUACUGAUACGGUCAAGUUCAGUGAUGGCUCCAAGACUACCUUCAAGGAUGUAAUGACUUACAGAUACGUCCUUGCUACUGCUGCAUUCGGAGGAGCCUAUUCACUGCUGCAAUUACCUUUUGCGAUCUAUUAUGCUUGCACUGAUAAGAGACUGAUUCGUGGCCGAUAUUUGCCAGAAUUUGAUUUCCAUGGUGACAAGAUUGUGAGUUUCCUCUUGGCAUCAGGAGUUGGAGCUGCGUUUGCAGUAACAUACGAGCUCAAAUCAUUUGUAGACAAUUUUUUGGAAACCAUAAUAUCACUUGGUUUUUUGGAAGACACAGUGGCGUUGAAAUCGGGAGCUGAUAAAUUUCUGAACAGGAUCUAUAUAGCAGCUAGCCUUCUCUUGGGAGCUUUCGUUUGCAUGGCUCUUCUUUCUGUCUUAUCCUCCGUUAACCGAACAACUUCCUUUGGAUUCUUCAGAUAAUUAAGAUAUCCAUCUUUUAAGUAUAUGAUAUGUCAUUACCUAAAUAAAAGUUAUUUUAUUUUUAA